AUGUAUGAUAUGGAAAAGACAGUAGAUAUCAAUGAGAACUGCCGGUUUAUGGAAGAUCUAGAAAUGCUUAGGGCUGGCCCAGAUGAACAUUUGCAGAGUUUAAUAGAGGAGACGAGCCCAGAGCAUUCUCAAAAUGGUCUUGGUAGUUUUAAAUUUCCAACUAGUAGUAAUCCGUUAGAGCAACUUGGGUUAUACAUGAAGGUGGACGAUGAGGAGGAAGAAGAAGUUGGGCGCCAAAGUGUUCCAGAUGCUGUAAACGACGUGGAGGAAGGAGAGAUUGAUUGA